GCGCACAGCAGUCACGUGACCCGCUUUCAGUGAAACUUCACGUCGUCACUUUGGCUGUAAAACAAUCGGUUUGAUAUCAGACGGUCAUCUCUGGAGCAACACGUCUCUCUACUGCACGGUGGCCCUCCCUCGGACUCGGACCCGGACCCCAGCCCCGGUGCUUCGCUCGGUUGCUCUGCCCGGCUCCCCCCUCUGCGGUGACAGCCCGUGCGUCUCCAGCCCCCGGCGGACCGCCUUCCCUCGCUCCCCUCGCCGAGCUCGCAGCCUCCGGAGAUGGCCGGUCUGCUCGGCGCUCUGCGCGCCGCCUCUGCCAGGAAGCCCGCCGGCUUCAUUCACGCGAGCAGAACUGCCGCGCGGGGGGUCCGGAUCCGGGACUACAGCACCACAACCGCCUCCUCGUCCGAGUACCUGCACCGCAGCGUGGUGCCGUCCAUGCACUACCAGAAGAGUCUACCCAGACUGCCUGUUCCUAAGCUGGAGGACACCGUGCGGAAGUACCUGGCCGCCCAGAGGCCUCUGCUGGAUGACGAGCAGUUCCAGACGACGGAGAAACUGGCUCAGGAUUUCCAGAGCGGCGCCGGGAAGCAGCUGCACGAGGAGCUGGUGGCCCAGGAUAAAAAGAACAAGCACACAAGCUACAUCUCGGCGCCGUGGUUUGACAUGUACCUCUCUGCGCGGGACUCCGUGGUGCUGAACUCCAACCCCUUCAUGACUUUCAGUCACGACCCGAAGCCGGAAUACAACGAGCAGCUGCUGCGGGCGUCCAACGUGGUGUGCUCGGCCGUGCGCUUCAUGAAAACUCUGCGAGCCAACCUGCUGGAGCCGGAGGUUUUCCACCUCAACCCGGCCAAGAGCGACACGGACGGCUUCAAGAAGCUGAUCCGCUGGGUGCCGCAGGCCCUGUCCUGGUACGGGGCCUACAUGGUGAACGCGUACCCCCUGGACAUGUCCCAGUACUUCCGCCUCUUUAACUCGACCCGGAUCCCCAAGCGCGGCCGAGACGAGCUCUUCACGGACGAGACGGGCCGCCACCUGCUGGUCAUGAGGAAGGGCAACAUGUACACGUUUGACAUUUUGGACCGAGACGGGAACCUGGUGAGCCCCGCGGAGAUCCAUUCCCACCUGAAGUACAUCCUGUCCGACACGGCCCCGGCGGCCGCCUUCCCGCUGGGCUACCUGACCAGCGAGAACCGGGACGUCUGGGCCGCGCUCCGGGACCAGCUGGUGUCCGCCGGGAACGCGGAGCAGCUGCGCGCCGUGGACAACGCGCUGUUCUGCCUCUGCCUGGACGACGAGGACAUGCGGGACCACAUCCACACCUCCCACGCCAUGCUGCACGGCGACGGCCGCAACCGCUGGUUCGACAAGUCCUUCAGCAUCAUCCUGACCAAAGACGGGGAGGCGGGCGUCAACUUCGAGCACUCGUGGGGCGACGGCGUCGCCGUGCUCCGCAUGCAGAACGAGCUCUUCAAAGACAUGACCGAGAGGCCGCAGGUACAUCCCGGCUCCGCCCCCGCCGCCGUGGACUCCUCCUCCUCCGUGCGACGGCUCAGCUUCACUCUGAAUGCCGAGCUGGAGAACGGCAUCGCACAGGCCAGGGAGAACUUCGACUCCGCGGUGUCGAAGCUCACCAUCGCCUCCCUGGAGUUCAGGAGAGGCGGCAAGGACCAGCUGAAGAAGAACAAUCUGAGUCCGGACGCCGUCGCACAGCUGGCUUUUCAGAUGGGCUUCCUGAGGCAGUACGGCCAGACGGUGGCCACGUACGAGUCCUGCAGCACGGCGGCGUUCAAGCACGGCCGCACGGAGACGAUCCGCCCGGCCACCGUGCACACCAAGCGGUGCUCGCACGCCUUCGUCCACGAGCCGGGCAAACACAGCGUGGAGCAGCUGCGCGCCUUGAUCAACGAGUGCUCCAAGUAUCACGGGCAGCUCACCAAAGAGGCGGCCAUGGGUCAGGGCUUCGACCGCCACCUGUUCGCCUUGCGAUACCUCAGCAACUCUAAGGGCCAAGCGCUGCACGGCCUCUUCACGGACCCGGCCUACGCCGCCAUCAACCACAACAUCCUGUCCACCAGCACGCUCACCAGCCCGGCGGUCUACCUCGGCGGCUUCGCUCCGGUGGUGCCCGACGGCUACGGCGUGGGCUACGGCCUCCACAACGACUGGAUCGGCCUGAACGUGUCCACCUACCCCGCGCGCAACGUCCACGACUUCCUGCAGUGCACGAAUAAGUCCUUGGACGACAUAUUCGAUGUGCUGGAGGGGAAGCCGCUCAGUUAAGCUGGAUAAACACCGUCACCGAGUAGGAAACAAGCUAAUGUGUCGGUGUGAGGCUAAGUCGACUGGACGAUAAGUCCAGUGAACGCAACAGAAGGGAUGCACUAUAUUACCUUCUCUGACAUUUGAACAGGCUCUGCUUCCUCCGUCCAGCAGUUAUUGACCAGCCGGUCUUUCCUGUUGUAGAAUUAAUGCGCAGUUGUCGUCUCGAGAAUUUGCUGAAUUUUAAUCUUGUUUUCGCUGAAAAUCAAGUCUUUUGUUUCACAUAAACGCAUUUCUGCAAAGAUUUUCUUCUGACAUUCAUCUACAAUAUUUUCCAAUUGAUAACAAUGACAACAAAAAUAAAAGCUUCAGAAGAGUAGAGGAAAACCCUUUGCUUUGCAGUGAUCUUGUAAAAUAAUAAAUCCAGCUUUAUCCAGGCUUCUCCUCGCCUCAAGGCAGUCUGCUGACUCACGCUGUCAAAGAUAUACUGCAAAUUUAACAGGGGUCUGCAUGCAUAUUGACUGAAAGAGCCAUUUUUCAGGAUUUUACAUACAUAAAAUAAAUUUGACUGGAGGUACAAUUUAUUUUUUAGCUUUGUGGGACAUUGUCACAAUAGCAUUGGGUUUUUUUUUAGGAGGGGAUAAUUAUUUUUUUAUUUUACAGCAAAAAAAAAACCUAGCAAUUACACUUUGACUGUGAGUAGUUCUGUGUAUUAGUUUUGAGCAAGUCCAUCAGCUGUCCUUCAACUGUUUUUGUCCUGGAGGUGAGACCAUUUUUGAAAAUCAGUGUGGAAUGUGGGGGAGGGGAGGAAACAAGUAUGAACUACAGUUUGCAGACCCUUGCGAGUGGUUUGCAGCAGUCCUGUAAUACUGGCUUGUAACCAGUAGAUGGCGCUGUACACAUGCAGUAGAUGAUAGGCCUUCCUCACCAAUACAGGUUAAUACAUACUUAAGAAAUGUUCAUCUGUAAUAUUAUGCAUCCUGUCUGAGGCUUCAGAUUUACUCUGAGGAACCUUUCAGGGUCUGUUUUUACAGUAAAGUAGAAUGUUUUGCCUCCCUACGUGAUUCGGUCCACCCGUGUUUUAGUCCACAGCGACGCCAUCGGACCGCAGGAAUUCACCUGGAGAGUGACGACAGAAGCUGUGCCUUAAGAGGAUACCGUGACGCUCCAUCAGAGCGUUAAAUCAUCACUGUAAUGUCCGACUGCUGUGGCUGUUCGGCAAUUGCAGCCUUGUUAGGGUACUUGAGUGUAUUUUUAAAUAAAAUCUAAUUUAAUCGUU